ACCACCAUCACGAUGUACGACAACGAGCGCGAGGACGCUCAAGAGGAUCUCCUCUCCGUUUACUUCGAGAAGAGCGCAACGGCCGUGCGCCAUUCCUUCGGUCGUUUUGAGAAGGACCUAGCGAGGCCAACAGUGCGCUAUGUGCUCACCUCGUUUCAGCAACAUCCAAUACGUUCGACAUACCUCACCACAUACGCGGCGCUGAGUGCCUUGCCCUUACUCUCCUUCAUAGCAAUCUCGAUAUUCGUGUGCUCUACUUUGGUGUUUCUCGCGCUGUGCGCUGCUCUCCUCGCAGGAUCCGCCGUUGUUAUCUUCUGUGGACUUUGGCUCGGAUGCACACUCGCCUUCCUCGGCCUCCUCGCCAUCCCACUCACCGCGGGUACGCUCCUGACGUAUCUUUUCCUCCGCUUCGCCUUCAUCGUUCGACAAGAAGGCUCCCCACGUACCGCGCUGUCGCAAUGGGCCCAGGAGACGAAGGGUCAGUUCAUCAGGAGGCCUCUCGGGGAGGACAACGUUGCUCAGCCCGGAGCGGAGAGUGCGCCGGAGCCGGUUACGCUGGUCGUUGGGUCCAUCGUAUUGGACGGUUCAACGCCGACGAGGGAAGAUAAGAAGGCGGAUUUUGUGCAGUCGGACGGCUUUUUGGCGGAAGAGGCUGUGAAGGUAGAGGGGUCGCCCCAAGUCACCCAAGGCUCCCUCUAAUCGCUAGGGCUCCCGCUAUCGUUGUAUUCUAUCAUUCCCGCCCUUUCUUCAUGUUCAC